CAAGUAGAAAAUGAAAAAAGAAGAAACGUAAAUUGUUACUUUGGUCAGAAUUUUUCAUGACUGUUUAAAAAUUCCACUGGUUUAUGGGAAUUUGCGGUUUUGCGGUGGGGGAAAGUGAAAAAACCACCAAUAAAUAAAAUGCCCGUUGGUGUUGUCGCUUUGUACUCCGGGAAAUCGCUGAGUCGGUGUACAAUUUCUUGCUUCUGCAAAGGUUUUCGUCGUUUUUUCCAAUCGACUUCCGUUAAUAUGGUGAAGAUUGGGGAUAAAAUUCCUAAUGUUGAUCUUUUUGAAGACCUGCCCACAAACAAAGUGAACUUGGCCCAAUUAGCGGAAGGAAAAAAGAUCAUUAUAUUUGCUGUUCCAGGUGCAUUUACUCCAGGAUGCUCAAAGACUCAUCUCCCUGGCUUCGUUUCUAAAUCUAAAGACUUGAAAAGGCAAGGCAUAAGUGAAAUUGUAUGCGUUUCUGUGAAUGACCCCUUUGUGAUGGGUGCUUGGGCUAAAGACCAAAACACUGCAGGAAAAAUUCGUCUAUUGGCUGAUCCAUCUGCCGCGCUGGCCAAGGCUUUGGAUCUAACUGUUGAUAUUGCUCCACUUGGUGGUAUAAGAAGCAAAAGGUACUCCAUGGUAGUUGACAAUGGCAAAAUUACUUCUUUACAAGUGGAGCCAGAUGGUACUGGGUUAUCAUGUUCCUUAGCAGAAAAGAUUCAGUUGUAAGCGUUGUUCUCUUAACUUUGGUGAUUAUGUUUUUUUACUAUAAUUGAAUUUGUUUACUUUUAGUUAGAUAGUAACCAUCUAGAAUAUUUGUAACAUUAAUAAACCAUAUAACUAUUA